CCUUGAAGCCUUCAACAAAUUUUCAUUUUCUUAUUCACAAUAAUUCUCAAAGAACACAUCAGACAUCACCAUGUACGCAAACCAGCCAGCAACUGGUGUUCCUGUUAGCUCAAUGAACCAGCAUUAUAGUACGCAGCAACCGGCAGGGACGGUCCCUUGGUCGACGGGACUCUGUGACUGCGGCUCCGAUGUUUCCAACUGUUGCAUCACGUGUUGGUGUCCUUGCAUCACCUUCGGACAAAUUGCUGAGAUCGUCGAUCAAGGAUCAACAUCAUGUGGAGCAAGUGGAGCACUGUACGCAUUAAUCGGAGUAUUCACGGGGUGUGCCUGUAUCUACUCCUGCUUCUAUCGCCAAAGAAUGAGGAGUCAGUACAUGUUGGAAGACCGUCCUUGCAACGAUUGCUGCCUCCAUUACUGCUGCGAGAGCUGCGCCCUGUGCCAGGAAUAUCGCGAGCUCAAGAACCGUGGCUUCGACAUGUCCCUCGGAUGGCAUGGAAACAUGGCGAGGCAACAAAAUCAAGGUGUGCAAAUGCCAACGGCUCCAGUGAUGGAAACCGGCAUGAAAAGAUAAAAGUGAAGCUUAUAGGAUUGAUGAGAUAGUGCAAUUAUUUUUUAUGUUAUGUGAAAUUCUGAGUUUGAUUAUCAUAUAUAUUAAAACUGGUCUCAAUAUA